GUAUGCCAUACAUUCCCAAGUAAUUAACGUACUGGCUGCUUAGCUCUGGGCACUAGUUCUCCCUUAUAUACAUGUUAGGUAUUUGUUCUAACAGAGACUGAAAACUUAAAAUGGAAGCAGUUAACGAAUUGGAUGAAGCAACUCUAAGAGGCCAAGCAGAUGUAUGGAAGUACAUGCUCGGGUUUGCAGAUUCCAUGGCUUUGAAAUCUGCUGUGGAGCUCCGUAUACCAGAUAUCAUAAACUCUCAUUGCCAGGCAUUGAGUCUCUCUGAUAUAGUCUCAAACAUCGAUUCUAAAUCACCCUCGCCAGACAUCACAUGCCUCUCUCGCAUCAUGAGGUUGCUUGUCCGCCGGAACAUCUUCGCUGCACAUCACGACGAUGGAGAUUCCGGCGAAACCCUCUACGGGUUGACUCCUUCGUCUAGAUGGCUCUUGCAAGACUCAGAGCUCACUCUCGCUCCGAUGGUUCUCUUACAGACAGAUCCCAUUUUAAUGGCUCCAAUGCAAUAUUUCAGCCAAUGCGUCAAGCAAGGUGGUACACACGCCUUCUCGAAGGCGCAUGGCCGUGAUAUUUGGCAAUUCUUCUCGGAAAACCUCGAGGCCAACCAAUUGUUCAACGAUGCCAUGGCGUGCAGCGCUAACAUAAUAAUGAAAGUGAUACUCGCCAGAUGUAAGGGUGCGUUUGAUGACGUGACAACACUGGUGGAUGUUGGUGGUGGGACGGGAAGGGCGGCGGCGGAGAUCGUGAAGGCGUAUCCCAGCAUUAAGGCCAUCAACUUUGAUCUACCAUAUGUGGUUGCAACAGCGCCGGCGUACCAUGGGGUGUCGCAUGUUGGAGGUGACAUGUUUGAUGAGGGCAAUAUUCCAAACGCUGAUGCAAUUUUCAUGAAGUGGAUUAUGCACGACUGGAGUGACGGCGAUUGCAUCAAGAUAUUGAAGAACUGCCGGAAGGCGAUACCGGAGAGAAGUGGGAAGGUGAUUAUUGUGGACGCUGUUCUGGAGCCAAAUGGUGAUGGCUUGUUUGACGACACAGGAUUAGUUUUUGAUCUGCUGAUGAUUACUCAUAGCUCAGGUGGAAAGGAGAGGAGUGAGAGUGAAUGGAAGCAGAUGUUGGAACAAGCAGGCUUCCCUCGCUACAAUAUCAUCAAUAUUCCAGCAGUAGUGUCCAUUAUCGAGGCAUACCCUGUGUGAAAAUUUAUAUGUUAUCAUAGUGAGCUUGCAGUAUUAAUAAAAAUUGGCAAGAUCAAUUAGGCGCGCUAUUGAGUAAUUGAGCUGAUCAGUUAGCAGAAAUUGGCCAGCAUUCUGUGUGAUUUCAUUGCCUGCUUCUUUCUAUGUCCACGUUCCUGUUGGAUCAGCUGGGAAUGAGUAUUUCUAGAGGUUUUAGGCUGUAUUUUUUUUUCUUCUCUGUUUAUGUCUGAAGGUUGUAUUUGGUUAUGUUGUCUUGUUUCUAUCACACAGUUGUGAUCUUCACACAUCUGAUGCACUGUGGAUAUUUUCUUUCUUCUCCAUUCUCAUUUCUGCUGCUUGUACGUUGUGUGCUUUCCUCAAGCUAUCAGAUAGUUCUGUUUGACAUUUGUAUUCAAUCUUGAGCUUCUCAAGCUUAGAUGUUGCUUCAUCCAGUUCUACAUAUAACGUUGUCCGUGUUCUUAUGCGUUUGAUAAUACAAAAGAGCAAAUUUGAAUAUGCAGUAUACUUUUAUAU